CGCCCUCGCGCCUCCGCCCGCAGCGCCACCCGCGCCCUAACAACCCGCCUCGGUCAAUAUUCGCCCACAUUACACUUCAAUAUUCAACGCUCCAGAAAUUCCCUUUAUUAAUUCGGUCAUCACACGACGUGUCUCAAUAAGCCAAACCUCCUCACCGCCGCUGUAGUGGCUUAAGCAUUUAUGGGUCAAUAAAACCAACUAGAACAAGUAGUUUAGUGUCUUCGAAAUUGUAUCCGUGUUCGCUAAAUAUCGAUCAUCUUUUACCUUGUAGUGUAAAAAUAACCGUAACCAAAACAAAAGUGCUACGAAAACAAACUACGAUAAAAAGCAGUGAAGAUGUCGUGUGUCAGUUUUAACAUGGCAAGGCAUUGAGAGCAAUGGAGAAGUCCGCUCGGGCGCGAGUACUGAACAAGAUAUACACCGGUUGUGGAUGUCUGGUUCCAGCAUGGGCAUUCGAAGACGUAGAAGAAGAACAGCUGUACUCGGCGUACACGCACCGCCAGAGACAGCGAGCAGUGCUAAGACUGCUCGCGAUCGGUGCGCUGCUACAAAUAUUUGCAAUAAUCGUGCCAGGAGAGAGGGAUUUACUGUUCGCCUACUCAUCGGUAGUUAUAUCAUUACUGAUAAACCUGGUUCUGGCUACAGCAUACGCUUGCAUCCGACCUGCUCGGUCCGCACUCACGCAUAUCGCCUGGCUCGUGGUUUGGAUGCAACUUUUGAUAAGCGCAUCUCGUCGACUUGGAGAUUCCUACAAUGAAUUACUGGGAUGGGCCUUCGUUAUCCAAUACUUCACUAUUACAACUAUGCCAUUUCAUCACUUCAUAUUGAUGGUGUACACUUGUCUAUCUCUCACUGCUUAUCUAAUGGUGCAAUACUACAAUGCUUCGACUGCGGAGAGCAGAUUCGCUGAGGAUUUUCCAAAUCAGCUAGUGGCUAAUGGGUGUUUACUAAUCUCGGCUUCGGUGUUGGGAGGAGCAGAGUAUUUAAUAAGCGAUAAACUACAACGUUUGUCGUUUCUUGUGACAAAGAGAAGUCUUCACGACAAACUUACCAUAGAACAACAAAGUAAAGAACAGGAGCGUUUGUUGCUCUCGGUGCUACCAGAGCAUGUCGCGGUUCAGAUGCGCAAAGACUUGGGUUUGAUCGACACACAGUUCAAAAAGAUUUAUAUGUCACGGCACGAAAACGUGAGCAUCCUGUACGCAGAUAUCGUAGGAUUCACGGCUAUCUCUUCUACUUAUUCUGCUCAAGAUCUAGUGGCAAUUCUCAACGAGUUAUUCGCACGUUUCGAUAGACUGGCCGAGAAAUACCAGCAGUUGCGUAUAAAAAUCCUUGGCGACUGCUACUACUGCAUAAGCGGCGCGCCGGUAGAGCGGCCGGAUCAUGCCGUUUUAUGUGUGCACAUGGGAUUAUCUAUGGUCAAAGCUAUUAAGUACGUACAACAGACCACAAACUCGCCAGUGGACAUGCGCGUGGGCAUCCACACUGGCGCAGUCCUGGCUGGAGUACUGGGUCAGCGCCAAUGGCAGUUCGACGUCUAUUCCAGAGACGUUGAGCUCGCCAACAAGAUGGAAAGCAGCGGGAUGGCUGGUCGUGUUCACAUCUCCGAGGUGACCCUGGGGUUCUUGAACGACGAGUUCGAAGUGGAGCCGGCACACGGCGAGCGCCGCGAGGAGAUGCUGCGGCAAGCUGGUAUCAAGACUUACUUCAUCGUCCGCGUGCUUAAACCAUACCAGGGAGGCGAAGAGAGAAUAACGCUGGAGGGCGAGGCGGAGGGUGGCGACGCCGCCGACACGCUCUCCGAUCUCAAAGACGACGACGAGGACUCGGUUCUAUCCCCGCAAGACGAGAGCAAGGACAGCGAACAACAGAAAAUACUCUCUAUGUUGCAAGAAGAACUCGUGAAUAGAGAUGACGACAAGGAACUCGCGGAUGGCACGACUCUGUGCCUCACGUUCAAGGCGGCGGAGACAGAAAAGGCUUUUAUGGAGAGGAGGGACCCUUACCCUUUGACGGCGGCUGGACCGCCGUUGUUCUUCCUACCGGCUACGUUGAUCCUGGCCACAUUCGCCGUGCCGCCCACCUGGCCUGUAAGCGCGGUCUACCUCGCGCUCAUCCUGGAGACUGGCGUGAUCAAUGUCAUUUACUACGCUGGCUGUAGAUAUGCGCAAUAUAAGAAAAUUUCAGUAAGUCCAUACUGGAAAUUGACUUGCAGUAUGUUCAACAUAGGGAUGUACGUAGCAGCCAAUGUCGUUCCUUUGAUAAUUUGCGGCGGCUUCGAGACCGCUCUGCAGGAUGGGCUGCGCGCUGAUGCGCCCGCGCACAGCGGUGCCCGCCGCUGCCUACAUCCUUCCUACUUCUACCACGUGGGCGGGGGCCUUUUAUGCGGCGUGCUUUGGGUAACGCCGAUGGGCGGUUGCGCGCGGACGGCGCUACUGACGCUACUGGCGGCGGCGUUCGCGCUACCUUCCGCGCUACACCCCGCGCUACUGGCGCCACGGCCGACCCUCGACCGCGACCCCUUCAGGGAAAGCUACAACGCAACGAUGGAUUAUGACGAAAACGUAUUAGAAAUACUGUCACAAAUCCACAAAGCCAGACACAUCGUGAUGUUGUUUUUCAUAACAAUCAUCGUACUCAUAUUCAAUAGAUAUAUCGAAUCGCUGGAGCGCGCGCGGCAUUCGCGAGGGGAACGCAUGCGUGUACAGGCCGAGCAAGCCGCCGACCUGCGCCAGCGCAACCAGGCGCUCGUGCACAACGUGCUGCCGCCGCAUGUGGCGCGCCACUUCAUGGGCGCGCGCCACCACCACCGCGACCUCUACAGCCAGAGCUAUGCAGAGGUCGGCGUGCUCUUCGCCUCUAUGCCCAACUUCUCAGAGUUCUACUCGGAAGAAACGGUUAACAACCAAGGCCUGGAAUGUUUGCGAUUUCUCAACGAGGUUAUAUCGGACUUCGAUCUGCUCCUAGAAGAUGCUAGAUUCAAAGAUAUUAUAAAAAUCAAGACUAUCAGCUCUACGUAUAUGGCUGCAUCAGGCCUAAACCCAACUCGACAAAUGCAGCCUUCAGAUGGCGUAUUAGUCCGGUGGAAGCAUCUGGCCUGCCUGGUAGAGUUCGCGCUGGAGCUCCAGCACGUGUUGACUGGGAUCAACGAGCAGUCGUUUAACCACUUCGUAUUGAGACUCGGCGUCAACCACGGCCCCAUCACGGCCGGCGUCAUAGGCGCCAGGAAGCCCCACUACGACAUAUGGGGAAAUACCGUCAACGUCGCCUCGAGAAUGGAGAGCACGGGGAAAGCUGGCUGCAUACAGGUCACGGAAGAGACUUGUCACAUUCUGGAAAACUUUGGUUAUUACUUCGAACAACGGGGCCUAGUCGCAGUCAAAGGGAAGGGCCAGCUCAUGACCUACUAUCUGCAGGGGAAGCACGCCAGCGGUACACCACAACCGAUCAAACAACCCGACGACGUUUCCGCCCUAGACGAGGGCGGCGCAGGCGACGCGCUCUUAGCCAACGGCGGCACGCCCGCGCCCAAUCGCCCUUCACCGCGCCACGCAGCGUCCGAAGACGACAAACCCCUCUUACAAUCUCAACCACCACCAACCGAGUAGUUCUAUAAAGGAGCGAUCUAAAGCGUACCAACCACGUAAAACGCAAUCUUUACAAGUCACUGAAAAGUUUCAUAACGCCAAAGUCUAUUAGUGCAUAGUUAUUGAGAGCUUAGAGCGUACUCGCUCUCCUUUGGCAAUAAUCAUUUUGAUUUUCAAAGUACAAUUGGUAGAUGUCUCACAAACAAAAGUUUUCAGUUACCAAAAUUGUACUCGUAGUAAAAACGAAUCUUCGGAAAAUUCUAAUAAUAUGUUUAGAAAUCGGUUAUUUUCAUUUCAAAAUCGUAAAUCUUAAAUUAUCUUAAACGCCUCUUUUCUCAUCCUAAGAUCGUUAACCUUUUGUUUGAAGCCAUUGACCUUGACCGCGUCACGUAAUUUUACGAUGGCUUUGUUGAACAAAAUGGUCAUUCCUAUGAGUACUAUUUCUCUGACUGUAUAAAAUAACGGUACGUUUCGAAAUUCAUAAAAAGGUGAAAUACUGAUAUUCCAAUAAAAUAUUUGAAACGGAUUACGCUUACUGCAAAAAAAACUUGAUAUUUGUUAUUAUGCCUUAAUUUAUCAAGUAAGCUUGAGUAUUAAUAAAACACCACUAAUAUAUCUAAUAAUAAAGUAUUUAGCUGUAGAGAUGUAGUGUAAGACACAAUUACUUUAUUGAUGUGUAAUUUUACAUACUAUGUUUUGCAUAUCUCAUAGAGAUGUGAUUUUGUCAAGUUUUGAAAUUCCUUGAAUAAUGAAAAGAAUGAAAAUCGGACACUAAAUGCAAUCCUGAUGGUCUAUAGAUACCUACCCAUUAACAAAAAUUAAAAUAUAGUUACAUGGGAUGACCAAGCGCUGGUUUAGAUAGAGCAGACAAUAUACAUAGGUACAGAAAUAUUAAUCAAACUGAAAUUUUAACUCAUAAUCAUGAAUUUAUGUAACAAAAUUUGAGUUUUUGUUUAAACAAGGAGACUUUAAAAAAUCUCGUUUCCGAUAAGAAUGUGUGAACGUAUCUAUCGUGGUAAUUAAAAUUACCGCCUUGAAUUAACUUGCGGAUAAUAAUGAGAAAGUGAAUGUUGCCUAAUGGUCAUUACGUAAGAUUCCGACUUAUGCUGAAGCCUGUGAUGAGGUGUCAUGAGGUCAUCUGCUGCGUUAAGAUUACUAGAGGAAAAAGGGCCAAAAAAGUAACUCCACUCAAUAUAAAACGUGUCAGCAGAUAACGCGUUACCGCCACUCAUUAUGAAUCCUAGAAUCCAUAAAGCCAGCCCAUCAAAUUGGCCCUUGCGAUAUCUGCGCAAAGUAGGAGGAAACAGCUUUUUUCUUCCUCCUAAAACAGACGCUCUAUCUAUUAUUUAUUAUUUUCCACUUAUCAGCGAACUGUUUAUUCCAUUCGGUGCUAUUUCUCACGCGUCACGUGUGUAUCAAUGAAGCGGCAAGACGCAAGCAGAAUAGUUAGACAAUAGAAAGGUUUAAUCAUAAGAAUGUUAGACCGAAUAAUGUGACUCAACUUGUUUUGUUAAAUCCAUUGAUUUAUAUCAAGGAUGAGGAGAAGAUUUGCUUUUUAGAUUAAAAUGCAUACACUUCAUGAUUACUGAGUUGGUAUUACUUGGUAUCCCUGGUUCCAGGAUAGACCCAUCAUUUAUCCUCGUAGACCUUAAAAAGAUGGUGUACCUAUUUAAAGUUGUUUUAUAGCAUUUAAUAUGAAUAGUGAUACAAACGCUGUAAUUAGAUCAAAAACCACGUACAAAUUACUGCUACAAUAUCUAACAAAAGUAGGAUCUACGGGUAGUCAUCUGCAGUCGGUAUUUCUUCAUCUCUACAUCGGCUGUGUCUCUAAAUGUCGGCAGACGAAAUGUGCACGCUCUUGAUCCUUUGACCGAGCGGCAUAUUAACGAUGGGUGAUUGUUAUUAAACAAACAAAUAAUUAGCCUGUUGAGUUUAAACCAGAGACAAAAUGUUUAAAGAAAAACCACCAUUUGUUCUCUCAAUUGUUAGACAAUAAUUAAUUACCAGUUAAUGUUAGCGCACGUGCGGAAAUUAGUAACGCAUAUUUCUGUCGUUUGGUUGUUCUAAAAUAAUUAAUUAAUAAAUAUAGAGAUACUUGCACAUCUACAUGUUGCGCACUAGCCUAAGAGAUACAUGCUAUAAUUAUGUUAGUACCUACAAGGGGGUUCUGGAACAAAUA